CGGUAACUAAUUAUUUUAUUCUCUUACUUUUCUAUAUUAUAUAACGCGUCUCUUGUUCCAUAACGCGUCUCUGAUUCCUAUAUAAAAGUUUGUGAUAGUUUCCUUGAUUCUAUAGGAUCUCUUCUCUUUCUCGGUAACUAAUUAUUUUGUUCUCUUACUGUUCUGUCUUAUGUUAUUUUAGGGUUUCGUUUGUUUUUUAGAAGACAAAGGGUUUUGCGGCUGAUUAAUCCUUAGGUCAUCAUAUCUUAUGACAUUGAGUCUACUUGUCGUACGAAAAAAGUGAUUUGAUUGUCGUAAAAAAAUCUGACAAGUUUUUAAUAAUAUCUCUUUUGACUUUUUUUGUACUAUUCAGAUUUUUUGUUUUGUUUUGUCUUGUUCCUAACUUUAUUUUCUAAAGUUGUAGCUCCAUGCAGCGUUGUUAUGUUUUGUCUGAUGUUCUGUUUACAUUUUAUUUUUAUUAUUGAUUCAGAAAACAAAAAAGAAUGGGUCAAGUUUUAGGAUGUGUUCAAGUUGAUCAAUCAACUGUAGCAAUCAAAGAGACUUUUGGAAAAUUCGACGAUGUUCUCCAGCCAGGUUGUCACUGUUUGCCAUGGUGCCUAGGUAGUCAAGUCGCUGGUCACCUUUCCUUGCGUGUUCAACAGCUCGAUGUUCGCUGCGAGACCAAAACUAAGGAUAAUGUGUUUGUCACUGUUGUUGCUUCCAUUCAAUACCGUGCCUUAGCUGAGAGUGCUCAAGAUGCUUUUUACAAGCUUAGCAACACUAGAAAUCAGAUUCAAGCUUAUGUCUUUGAUGUGAUCCGAGCAUGUGUUCCUAAGCUGGAUCUAGACUCAACCUUUGAGCAGAAGAACGACAUUGCAAAAACCGUUGAGAGUGAGCUUGAAAAGGCUAUGUCUCAUUAUGGGUAUGAGAUAGUUCAGACGCUUAUUGUGGACAUUGAGCCAGAUGUGCAUGUCAAGAGGGCAAUGAAUGAGAUCAAUGCCGCUUCGAGAAUGAGAGAGGCAGCGAGUGAGAAAGCUGAAGCAGAGAAGAUACUACAGAUCAAGAGAGCUGAAGGAGAAGCUGAAGCCAAAUACCUUUCGGGUCUUGGUAUAGCACGUCAGAGACAAGCCAUUGUGGAUGGUUUGAGAAACAGUGUGCUUGCAUUCUCUGAGUCUGUUCCAGGGACUUCUUCCAAAGACGUCAUGGACAUGGUUCUGGUGACUCAGUACUUUGACACACUUAAGGAUAUUGGAGCGUCUUCCAAGUCAAACUCGGUGUUUAUACCGCACGGUCCAGGAGCUGUUAAGGACAUUGCUUCACAGAUUAGGGAUGGUCUACUUCAGGGGAAAGCUGCUGAGUAAGAAGAUGUCAAAAGUAUAAGAACUUUCUUCAGGGUUUUAGAUGUUGUGAUGCGACUUAGUUUUUAUAUUUUGGUUUUCUGUUUCGUGAGUUCUUAAAAUACUUUUGAGUAUCUCAACAAUGGAAUUGUCUUAUAAGUUUUACUUGAAUCUCACUCAAUAAAAUUAUCUUAAUAGUGUCACUGCAAAGACAUGCCCUGAAAUAUUUAAGAACAUUGUAUCGGUUGAAACGGAGCAUUCCGUACUCGUUUACAGGUAAGUGUAGAAGUAUGUACUAAGAUUUUGAAUGUUUAGCUUUGGUAAACUCCGAUAAUUUAAAACACUUCAAUCAAUAC